AUGGUAAUACUUGUCAUCCAGAAAGGAUUCGGCAAACACCUCUGGGAUAUCAACUUGCUGGAAGCUUCGAAUCUUCUAAAGAUAUAUUACGUUAUACAAGUGCUUUACGUCAUCGUCCAAAAGCUAUUGAAGCUUUCCAUACUUGUCUCUUACCUUCGAAUCUUCCCUGAGACUAUCCGGUGGUUUCGCAUCAGCAUUUACGUAACCAUAGCAUUCUCUGCUGGACACGGAACUCUCAUUACCCUGCUCACAGCCCUCCAAUGUUUGCCAGUCGCGUCGAUUUGGGACACGAGCAUUACGGGGAAAUGCAUUGAUGUACAAGCGAUCAUCUACGCAGGAACUGCGUUCAGUAUCGUCGAUGAUAUACUCAUAAUGACCUUGCCGAUACCGUGUUUUUCAAGUCUUCAAAUGGGAAGAUUGAAAAAGAUCAGCAUUGGCGUAAUGUUUAGUAUCGGGUCACUUUCUUGUGUCGCCUCUGCGAUACGGCUGAAAUACGUCUGUAACUAUGGAGACUUGACGGAUUUGACUUGGGACAAUGUCGAUACCACCAUCUGGUCAACGAUCGAGAUUUUCACAGCAGCCAUAGGAGCCUGUUUACCGGCCCUACGACAGAUUCUUCAGCGCCUGUUCCCCAAGGCCUUUAGUAUCAAGUAUAACACAACCACGUCUGGGCGAAACUCGUAUCAAAAUAUGAGUAGGAAAGUUCCUUCAUCAUAUCUUUCAAGCCAGCCGAGGAACGUCAACCGGAGCUACCCUCGGAGCGUCAAUAGUAGUGGCGGCGAUGAUGUCGCGAAUGCGGAUGCAGUAGGUGCUCAAAGACUCUCGGGCGGUUGGGAUGGUACGGAGCUAGUCGCUAUCCAUCCACGACGUCUUUCUGCCGACCUUAAAGGUGCCGUGGUCUCAACCCAAGGGGUAGGAGGAAUGCGGUGA